AUGCCCAUAUUUCAAGCGAAAGUAGACUGUAAAAGUCUACCUGAAAAUCUGUCGACAUCUAAGGCGUCUGCUGAACAGCUGAACGAUUUUACUGAGUGGCGAGUGACAUCUUACAUUGUAAGCAGUUAUGAAGCUGUAAUCAAACGCGUUCAAGUUCAUAACUGCCGUGAUCAUCGCCAGACCAGCGGCGAAUGUGCCGUUGAUAAUGCGCUCAGGCGUAAUGCGUCGUUGCAGAUGUCCACAAGCGGGUCCGUGCUGGGUGCAACAUGGAUGGAACCUGAUAGACUCAAUCGCAAACGAAACCAGUUGAGCUGA